GACGCUUAUAACCUGUAUUUUAUAUUUACGGUUAAUUUCCAGGUUUUAAAAAUGUUUGUAACUGUUAUAAUUUUAUGAUAUUUCUGAUUUUGAAUAACUAUUCAUAGUGUUCAUUAUAUAGAAAAUAUUUUAUACAUCGGAGUACAAUUAAAAUUGAUCAACAAAAAUGGCAAAUCGAACAGUAAAAGAUGCAAAGUCGGUUAGGGGCACUAACCCUCAGUAUCUUGUAGAAAAAAUUAUAAGAUCUAGAAUUUAUGACAGUAAAUAUUGGAAAGAAGAAUGCUUUGCUUUAACCGCAGAGCUUCUAGUUGAUAAAGCUAUGGAAUUAAGAUACAUUGGUGGUGUUUUUGGUGGUAACGUAAAACCUACACCAUUUCUAUGUUUGAUUCUGAAAAUGUUACAAAUUCAACCUGAAAAAGACAUUAUAGUUGAAUUUAUCAAGAAUGAAGAAUUUAAAUAUGUGCGUGCAUUAGGAGCAUUUUACAUGCGUCUCACAGGAACAUCUCUUGACUGUUAUCGAUACCUUGAACCUCUUCUCAAUGACUUUAGAAAAUUGAGAAAACAAAAUCGAGAAGGCCAAUUUGAGUUAGUACAUAUGGAUGAAUUUGUUGACUAUCUUUUGAGAGAGGAAAGGUACUGUGAUAUUAUCUUACCCAGAAUACAGAAGAGGCAUGUUCUGGAAGAAACUAAUGAAUUAGAACAAAGAGUAUCUGCAUUAGAAGAUGAUAUGGAUGAUAAUCUUGAAAGUUCAGAAGAAGAAGUGCCUAUUAUUAAUGAUCGCAAAAGGAUAGACGAUGACAGAGAUAGAGACAGAUAUCGUGAUCGCGAAAAGCGACACUCCCGCUCGGAUAAAAAGGACAGAGGUCGAUCAAGAAGCAGAUCCAGAUCGCGAGAGCGUGAUAGACGAGAAAGAGAAAGAAGAAGAGAUAAAGAUAGAUACAAAGACCGUCGUGAUAGAGAUCGAAGUAGGGACAGACGAAGGGAUCGUGAUAGACGUUAAUGC